CCCUAAGCCACGCCCCGGUUAGGUUGAGGCCGCCCCAACCGGCCGAGGCCAUCGCUACGGCGGCAUCCGGCCCUGGCUCGGGGACUCCCCGCGCCACGUCCCUUCCUCUCUAGGACCCAGACAGGAUCUGGAGAGCUGUCCACCCAAAGUCUCAGCUUUGCUUCUCAGAAGUGUAGUCUGGAGCCCUGCACAGCCAGCUUCUCAGGUUCUCCCCCAGACCCCCAGUUUUUAUGUCUCUUCUGCCUGUAUAGCACACCUCGAGAAAAUGACCCAUUGGUUUCAUAGGAACCCAUUAAAAGCCACAGCUCCCGUGUCUUUUAACUACUAUGGCAUGAUCACUGGUCCCCUUGCCUCAAAGAUUUGCAAUGAUUUGAGAUCAUCCAGGACUCGGCUCCUCGAAUUGUUCACUGAUUUGAGCUGUAAUCCAGAAAUGAUGAAGAAUGCAGCAGACUUGUAUUUCUCACUUUUACAAGGUUUCAUAAAUUCACCAGGUGACUCUACCCAAGAAAGCAAAUUACGAUACGUUCAGAGUUUCAAGUGGACUGAUACAUUGCAAGGACACGUCCCGAGUGCCCAGCAGGAUGCUGUUUUUGAAUUGAUUUCCAUGGGAUUUAACGUAGCAUUGUGGUAUACCAAAUAUGCUUCAAGAUUGGCUGGAAAAGAAAACAUAACAGAAGAUGAAGCAAAAGACGUCCAUCGAAGCCUAAAGAUUGCAGCUGGGAUUUUUAAACAUUUAAAGGAAAGUCAUAUACCCAAACUUCUUACACAAGCAGAAAAGGGACAGGACUUAGAGGCUCGGCUCAUAGAUGCUUACAUCAUCCAGUGCCAGGCUGAGGCCCAAGAAGUAACAAUUGCCCGAGCAAUUGAAUUGAAGCAUGCUCCGGGACUGAUCGCUGCACUUGCCUAUGAAACGGCCAGCUUCUACCAGAAAGCAGAUCAUACUUUAUCCAGUUUGGAGCCUGCAUACUCCGCCAAAUGGAGGAAAUACCUGCACUUGAAGAUGUGCUUCUACACGGCCUAUGCAUACUGUUACCAUGGCCAGACUCUGCUGGCCAGUGAUAAAUGUGGAGAAGCAAUCAGGGCUCUCCAAGAAGCAGAAAAAUUGUACACGGAGGCCGAAGCCCUGUGCAAAGAGUACGGGGAAACCAAGGGGCCAGGACCCACAGCCAAGCCCUCAGGUCACCUGUUCUUUCGGAAGCUUGGAAGCCUGGUGAAGAACACCCUGGACAAAUGUCAGCGGGAAAAUGGGUUCAUUUACUUUCAAAAGAUCCCAACAGAAGCCCCACAACUGGAACUCAAAGCAAACUACGGGCUGGUGGAGCCUGUGCCUUUUGAAUUUCCUCCUAUGAGUGCUCACUGGACGCCGGAAGCGAUGGCCGCAUUUGAUCUCAGCAAGAGACCCAAGGAUGACAGUGUCAAACCCAAACCAGAAGAAGAAGUGAAACCUGUAAAAGAACCAGAUAUCAAACCUCAAAAGGACACUGGGUGUUCUGUCUCUUAAGAAUGUAACACUUGCUUAGAAAUCUUGCUGCCAGUUCAUAGGGGACAUUUUCUGAUUUCUCUGAAGCCCAUAGGGUAAUUAUUAACCUCAGAGGGACUUGGCCUUUGUUUAUUUAUUCUUGAUUUUUAACAUAGAGGUGUUUCAUGCUUUUGUUUCUGGGCUCUGCUUUUUUAAUCAGGACAGCAUUUGGAAGCGUUGUUUUUUACGUCUUUAAUGAGUGUAUGUGGGGGUUGGACCUUGUCUGAACUCUAGAUAAUUAGUUUCAUAUUAAUGUUUUUCUACCUUCACAAAAACAAUGUUUGUUUUCCUUCUUGUUUGAUACCAGAAGAAUGUUUUGAAAAGAAAUAGGUUCACCUCUCAUCACUGAGUCUAACACAGUUUUCUGGUGGGAAAAGAAAAUCGCAGUUAAAAAUCAGAAACCUUCAGACCAAACUCUUUCCUUACACUUAACCAGUCGAUAAUUUACUGGAAAAUCAGUGUUUCGAAGAAUGUGGAACUUACUUGAAAAUCAGCGGUGACGGGUCUCCUGCCUGGCAUACGCUUCCCUUCCCUGCAUAGUCCCACGCUCCCAGAGUCACCCUCAGAAUCCAGACAGUGGUUUGUUUUUUUUUUAACACGUACCUUUUCUAAUGAAUUUUUUUACUUAGGGGACAAAGCUUUGUACUAGCAUUUGGUGUUUCUUUGUAGAGAGAGAUGAAGAGUGGACACGUGUUUUAAAGAAGUAAAAGAUUGCAUGUUGUAAAGAGAGCCUUCAUAAACUAAAUCAAGAUAGGUUGUCCUGGA